AUGGUCCUGCACAACCCCAAUAACUGGCAUUGGGUCAACAAGGAUGUUUCGGCCUGGGCCAAGCAGUGGUUCGAGGAGAACCUGUCCAAGCUGGAGGUAGAGGAUGGCGGUGUCAAGGCAAAGAUUAGCAAGGUCAUCAGCAUGGACGGCGAUGUGGACGUCAGCCAGCGCAAGGGCAAGGUCAUCACCAUCUUCGACGUCAAGCUGGUGCUAGAAUACAGUGGCUCUACAUCCGAUGAGGAUGAUGUUUCGGGCACUAUUACCGUGCCCGAGGUUGCCCACGACACCGAAGAGGACGAGUUUGUGUUUGACAUCGACAUCUACUCUGAGUCAAAGGAGAAGCAGCCAGUCAAGGACCUGGUUCGGUCUAAGCUCACUCCCCAGCUCCGAAAGGAGUUCCUCAAGCUGUCUCCGGCUCUGAUUGCCGAGCACGGCAAAGAUAUCCAGCACGCCCCUGGCUCUAACCCUUCGAGCGGCUUCAGCACCCCGAAGUACCAUCCUCAGGCGGCUGCUCCAAAAUCCACUGCGCCAGUGACAAGCUCGCAGAGCAGUAGUGGCAAGGUUGUAAAUACAACCACUGUCACAGAUACCGAGGAGUUCAGGACAACCGCGGCCGAGCUCUACCAGACCUUCACCGACCCGCAGCGACUAGCCGCCUUCACAAGAGCCCCUCCCAAGGUGUUUGAGGGCGCGAAGAAGGGCGGCAAGUUCGAGCUGUUUGGCGGUAACGUUGUUGGAGAGUACUUGGAGUUGGAGGAGCCCACAAAAAUUGUGCAGAGUUGGAGAUUGGCACAAUGGCCCGCUGAUCACUACUCGAGGCUGGAAAUCGAGUUUGACCAGAACGAUGUUGACAGCGUUACAUCGAUGCGCGUCAAUUGGAGCGGCGUGCCCAUCGGACAGGAAGAGGUGACAAAGCAAAACUGGGGAGAAUACUACGUCCGGAGCAUCAAGAAGACUUUUGGUUUCGGAACCAUCUUGUAG